AUGGCUCAAUCUCAGAACCAGAAACCCAUCUUCGUCGCAACCCACCCGCGGGCUUGCUCGACGGCUUUUGAACGGGUCUUCAUGACCCAACGAGACACAAUCCAAUGCAUCCACGAGCCCUUUGGCGACGCCUUCUACUAUGGCCCCGAGCGCCUCUCAGACCGGUACGAAGCCGACGAGGCAGGCCGGCAGGCAAGCGGCUUCGCCAAUUCCACGUUCCGCACGAUCCUCGACCGCAUCGAGCAAGAGGGUCGCGAGAACGAAGGCAAGCGGAUCUUCAUCAAGGAUAUCUUGCACUAUCUGCUUCCACCAAAGGCGAAGCCGGCUAGCAUUGCGCCUUCGCUGAACAGGAUCAAGAGGGGUGUCGGUACCGAGGGUGAGGAUCCUCUUGCAUCAGAGGCCGUUGGCAAUGGGGUUGAUGGGGUGGUGAAGGACGCCAACGGCCACUCUACGGGGGAGGAGAACGGGGAGAAGAGUAACGGCAACGGUGAGGCAGUAGUAGCGAAGAAGGGCAAGUCGCCGCCAUACCCCUACAACACGCCCAGCGAGCCCGGAAAUCCAACCGUGAUGCCCAAGGAACUGCUCCAGGGCUUCCACUUUGCCUUUUUGAUCCGCGAUCCGCACUACAGCGUUCCCUCGUACUACCGGUGCACGAUCCCGCCGCUGGAUUCCGUCACGGGCUUCUCGUACUACGACCCCUCCGAGGCCGGGUACGACGAGAUGCGCCGGUUCUUCGAGUAUUUGCGGCGCGAGGGUAUGAUUGGCCCUCAUGUUGCAACGCGGGAGCAGGAUGCCGACGACAUCCUAUCCGCUGCCGGUGCCAAUGGCAGCAGCAACAGCAAUGGAUCUGGUGUAUCGCAUCAGAAGCCAGUCGGAAAGCCCGGAGCGGACGUGGGAGUGGAGAUUUGCGUUGUGGACGCGGACGAGAUGCUGGAUAGCCCGGCCGCGAUGAUGGAGGCGUUUUGCCGCAGUGUUGGCAUCGAGUAUACGCCUGAGAUGUUGAAUUGGGAUAACGAGGGAGAUCACGGGUAUGCGAAGGAUGCGUUUGAGAAGUGGAAGGGGUUCCACAACGAUGCGAUUGACUCGAAGGGGUUGACUGCCAGGAAACACCCACGCGCCCCCAAGUCUGAGGAGCAGUUCGACGCCGAGUGGCGAGAGAAAUACGGUGAAGAGGGCGCCGCCCUGAUCCGCAAGACCGUCGACGCAAACAUGGCCGACUACCUGUUCCUCAAGCAGUUUGCCAUGAAGGUCUAA